AUGUCGGCAGCCCCCAAUGAGAGCACAACCAACCAACACCCUCCCUCGCAGCAAUACGCUUCUCGACCCAGCACUGCUCAUGCUGCCACAGCGCCGCCCUCUGCGCUUGCCAAUUUCUCUCGCCCUCAACCGCGCCAGUCCAUCGAUGCUCAACUGCGCAUGACCUCGCCGCCUCCGCCCCCACCGACUGCCCCUCCAUCCAUUCAUCACCGCGGACAACAGCAUUCGCAAGGCUUCUUUGAGCCCUCCUUACCGCAUACUUCGCAUAUGCCCGCUUCCCAAAUCGCUGCUCAAGCUGCCAUGCACCACAUGCACUCGCAGAAUCAAGACCGCAAACGCCCGAAUCCACCCUUGCAGCCUAUCAACAUCGCCGCCAGUCGCGGAGACCGUCGCAUAGUCUCUCCUACCGCUCUGAGCCCACCUCCGCUUCCGUCAAACAACAUCGAUAGCAGAAUCACCGCUACCACUGCCGCCAACGUCGCCUUUCCUCGUAGUCCUGGCCCCAUGCCUUCACCCCACGCUCUGACCGCCGAUCAACCUGUCUCUGCCCCUCCCAUGCCCAUACCUGCCGAAACAAAGGUCAAGGAGCGGUCCAAGAUGAAGCUGUUCCACAAGCCAAAAAGUAUAGGAAUUACAAAAGAUAAGGACUUGGAUAAAAAGGCUGCUCCAGCUCUGCCCUCUCCCAACCGUGGCCUGCUGCGCGCCGGUUUCGCAAGCGCGAGCAUGACCAGUCUGACCGACCCAAACUCGUCGGCUGCUGCUUCCGUCUACUCCUCAGCCAAUACAUCAACAUCCACUCUAGUGCCAGUGACCACGACUGCCACAGCCACGGCCGACAAGAAAGAGGGGGAGAAACACAGACACCAUUUCUUGUCGAGGCAAAAACAAAAAGACCGCGGUGCUCUUCCUCUGUCGUCGGCAUCGUCAAAUUCCACCGCUGUAGACCCAAAUGCUCCACAGUCCUUAUACUCGUUCACUCCUCAAUCUCCUGGUUUCUCCAAAUCUGUCAGUGGUCUGGACUUGCGACAUGGCGGGCGUGCUCUACGAGAAAAGAAAAAGGAGGAAAAGGCCGCUGCCGCUGCAGCCACCAACCUGACACCCACGAUUUCAAACACUUCUGGCAACCUGCUAAGAGACGACUCGAGGAGUGACUUUGCGGGCCCUAGCAGUCUGGAUUCGGCUUCAAUACUCGGUCCUCCGAGCAGUAACUCCCUCUUCUCUUUACCCUUGUACGAGCCACAGCCUACCAUGUCCGCCGCUGCUUUCGAUGGUCUUGGCAAGAGUAUGGGUCUACACGGUAUCACGGCUGAUGAUGCUUGGCCGUUACUAAAAGCAAGACUAUUGAACAUCUUCUCCGGCGAAGAUCUACGGACGCCAAUCGAAGACUUCAAUUUACUGGUCUCUGUACACAUCCGACGGUGUAUACAGAAACGUGCCCCUGUAGUAUUGGUUGAAGACUUGAGGGAACUGCUCACAACUGGCUUCUCUUCCCUGGCUCAAACACUGCAUAGAGUACCCGAUGAACGACUCGUGACACGACUAGUCGCCAUCUGGCAGACGACUUUCAGCUCCAUCCUUCCUUUCAUUCAAGCAGUAUUUCUACCGUUGGAUCUCGAAUUCAGGGGUCACGGCAACAUAAUGAGUGCAAGAGAAGCUCAAGAGUUUUGGGGCGCUUUCGUGCCCGCUGAGAUGCCACCACCAUUUUCACGAAAACAAUCAACGUCGUUCGACGAGAUGAGACCGGGUAGUUCUGGAUGCGCGACUAUAACAAGCAACACAUCGAAUUCGAACCGUAUGCCUGGGCUCGGAGAAGAAUUGGACGUGCGUCGAAUUGCACUGAUCGUUUUCCGCGAUGUAGUUCUCCUCCCACGCCAUGAGACGCUGCUUGCAAUCUUUUCACGGUUAUCUCUGGAUAGUAUAAACACUGCUCCCGUGCCCAGCAAUCUAUCGUCUUCGUCACCCAUGUCUGGCAACCGUGGGCGAGGCUUUUCCAAUCCAGCGGCUGGAGACGCGGAAAGACCAUCUACAGGCGGCUCUCUGUCCCCACGUCUGGGGAGCAGCUACAACAGUAAUGUCAACUACCUCGACAGCGGCAACACGACCAUAGUCUCCAGCCCACCGACACAACACAGUCGAAGCAGAGCGACCUCCAACACUUCUGCCGGCAGUUUUGGCACUUCUCUGCCUCACACCACAUCACACUACCCCACCACCUCCAUCGACAGCGUAACCUCUACCCCCGCCUUUUCAUCCUCAUUCUCCCCUGAUCCCUCGGGCAGACCACCCACGUUCGCGGACCCGGCUCAGGUCACGCAAACGGUGGCUAGAAUGCUACAAUGCGUUAGUGUUGUUGCGGGAGCGCAGACUGGAGAUCAGAGUCAGGCUGUUGUGGAGAGGCUGACGAGGGAGUUGAAGUAUAAUUGGUUGGGUAGAGGAAGAACGGGGAGACAGAGGAGGGGGUGGGUGGGUGUUAAGGGGAAGAAUGCUGGNGGGUUAGGACAGGGACAGGGGCAGGUUAAUGGGUUGGGUGUUGUGGGUGCUUGA